AUGUCAAGAGUUGGAGUGUUAGCUUUAGGACCCGCUGGAGUAGGGAAAUCUACUUUUUGUAAUGCUAUCAUAUCACACAUGCAAACCAUAGGUAGAAGAGCACAUAUCGUCAAUUUAGACCCAGCUGCUGAAGCAACAGAGUAUGAAUUUACCAUUGAUAUAAGAGAUUUGAUUUCUUUACAAGAUGUUAUGGAAGAAAUGGAUUAUGGUCCUAAUGGGGCAUUAAUCUAUUGUUUUGAAUAUUUAAUGAAUAAUUUAGAUUGGUUGGAUGAAGAAAUCGGUGAUUAUAAUGAUGAAUAUUUGAUCUUUGAUUGCCCAGGACAAAUCGAAUUAUAUACUCAUAUUCCUGUUUUACCUAAUAUUGUCAAACAUUUAAAAAACCAGUUAAAUUUUAACUUAUGUGCUACUUACUUAUUAGAAGCUCCAUUCAUAAUUGAUAAUUCUAAAUUCUUUUCGGGUGCUUUAAGUGCCAUGUCAGCUAUGAUCUUAUUGGAAUUACCUCAUAUUAAUAUUUUAUCCAAGAUUGAUUUAAUUAAAAACGACUAUAAUAAGAAAAAAUUAAAACAAUAUUUAAAUCCUGAUCCUUUACUUUUGGCCAAAGAAGAUGAAUCCUUCAAUCCAAGAUUUUCAAAGUUAAAUAAAUCCAUCGCUCAAUUAGUCGAUGAUUUUGGAAUGGUACAAUUUUUACCUUUAGAUUGUAAUAAAGAAAGUGAUUCUGUCGCUACAAUUUUGAGUUACAUAGAUGAUGUUACACAAUGGUCUGAAAGUCAAGAACCAAAAGAACCAAAAGAUGAACUUGAAAUCGAAGAUGAUGAGUAA